AUCUCACCAGCCCUAACACCAAUCAUUCUCUCUUUCUCAUUACCUUGUCAACCUAUCUUACUCGACUUAAUUCUCUCUUCAUACCAUCUUGCCACCAUGUCGUUUUCAUUUGGAGUGCCCGAACAUACUCCCCGAUCUACUCCAUCCCGUAACCGCAGAUCCUUGUUUGUCAAUGCUGACAGUCCCCAUGACUCUGGAGUGGAGGGCCUGUCUAACAAUGCAUCAUCCCCGAGUCGGGUUCCCGACAAGAAAGAAGAAAAACCACAGGACGUACCUGAUGACUCAUCCUCUGUCUCUUCUGAGGCCUCUUUAGUCGAAGAUCCGGAGAAAGGUAACGCUCUGACUGAAAAUCCUUUCAGCACCGAGCGUGGAAGGAUCUUGUUCGAAGCUAUCGACAAACUUCAGAGUUUUGAAUGCAGCAAGAAACUAGAGAUACCACAGCUUAUCGUUGUUGGAGGUCAAUCCUCGGGCAAGUCAUCUUUAUUACAGAGAUUGACUGGAAUUCCCUUCCCAGUCGGCACCGGCACAUGCACCCGCUUUCCGACGCGUAUCACCUCCAAACGCACACCUCCCAGGAGCAAGGACAGCUUCCGUAUCUCUAUCGAACCGGCUGAGGUUACAGUGCAUGGCCUGGAAAGAGCGCCUGAUACGAUUAGCAGCUAUGCGUGCACCGGGGAAAUCUUUACGGCUGAAGUGUUUGUCAAGGCUGUUAAGGAGGUAUCUUCAAAGUAUAUAGGAAUCCGCCAUGGAAAAAACGAAGACAGCAACAAUUUCGCGGCGGAAGUUCUGAAGGUUGAGCUCUCCGGUCCAAAUAGACCCUACUUCAGCAUUCUCGACCUUCCAGGACUCUUCAACAGCACUUAUGGUGUGAAAACGGUAGACAUGGAAAGGGUUGAGGAAAUGAUUGUCAAGUAUAUGCAAAAACCUGAAAACACAGUCAUUUGCGUUGUCGAUGCCUCCGUUGAUUUCAAUCUUCAGCCGAUUUUAGAAGUGGCACAGAACCAUAUCAAUGACAGAGAGCGUAUUAUUGGUGUUUUUACCAAGUGUGAUAAGAUUGAAAACAACCUUGAAGAGGCACACGGGGCUGCGGAUAUCGCGGUCGGGUUCGAUCUCAAGUUCGGUCUCAGACUCACAGAAGACGAUCCAAGACUUAUGUCAGAUGGCUGGUUUGUUGUCCGCAAUCGCAACGACAAGGACAAGGGCAAAGACGAACUUGAGCUUGAGGCUAGUGAGAAAGACCUGCUCAAGACUUUCCCCUGGGACAGGGUCCCCGAGCCGCGGCGUGGAUGCGCUGCGUUGAAGAUGCAUCUGGGAACGAUACUGGACUCAAAGAUUACGUCUAGCUUCCCUGCUAUCCGAGAGCACGUCGAAAGGAAUCUGCAGGCCAAAUCUUCCGAGGAAGCCAUGCUGGGAGAACCCCGAGGCAACCACCACGCAAGGCUGAACUACGCAACCAACAUCGCUAAGAACUACGACGAGUUGGCGAUAAUGGCUCUGGAUCGCCCUGGUCGUUUGCCAACGCCAGUUAUGGAGCUCCGGCAGGAAGUGAGUCGCUUGAACAAAGAAUUCGACAGUUUCAUGAGAGAGAGAGGAGCAGAAUGGGAGUUCCAAGACUACGACAUCAGCCCGACUGAGAAAUUGAAAGAGCUUGCAGAUAUUGACAGCGGUGUUUUGUCUCAAACAUCGACACCCCAGCGGAGAGAAAUCCCCGACUUUGAUCCCGCUUUCAAUCAUUGCAUUCGGACGGGAAACUCAGACAAACUCCUCGAAGUGAUUAAACAGAAACUCAAGGGUGUCCAGACCAACCAGCUCCCCGGCAUCAUUAACCCAGACAUCUUCCCUAUCAUGUAUAAGCUACAGGUUUCAAAGUGGGUCACGAUUUCCAACAUUCAUUUACAGCGAGUCAGCAAUGCUGUUCUCAAAUGCAUUGACGCGAUUCUGGAAUCAGUGUGCCCCUCAAAAGGCGGCACGGCAAGGUUGCACGCAGGAUUGAAGGAGAUGCUGAGGAAAUGCUUCGAUUCUGCCCGCGAAACGGCAGAACAAGCCCUUAAGAUCCCACAACGCCAAGAGACAGAGUGCGAAACCCUAGGAACAACGGACAAUACGUUUGUUGAGAACGUAGUAGGCUGGCGGAAAGUGAGAUUUCAAGAAGCUUGUCUUCCCUCUCUCACGGGUAACUCGUUGUCGAUCAUCCAGGCUCUCAGCGUAUGCUUCGACUGUGCGCACCCGACUUUGGAGAAGAACAUGGUCAAUGAAGUCCACGACGUCCUUAAGGUGUACUACAAGAUCUCUCUGGAAGCGUUCAUCAGAAGCAUCAUUGGCACAAUCGAAGCCUACGUGUCCAGCGAUGAGGGCCCUGUUAAGGGUCUACAGGCAGCACGCAUGCUUGAGUUGUCUGAAGAGCAUCUGAACAGGAUCGCAGGGGAGGAUCAGUCGACGUAUAACAAGCGAUUGACCUUGGCCACAGAUAUCAAAGAAUUGGAAGAGGCUCUUGCUAUUGUGGAGCGGGCAAGACAAGAAGCGGAUGGUCUGGUGUAGGAUUGAAGGAGACUGCUCGGGUUGGGGUUUCAUGUUUCUCUCGGAAGCUUUUGCAGUCGUGUUUGCAGUAGUGUUUCCAUGCGUAGAAUCAUUU